CUGGCUUUUUUUUUGGGUGAAAAAAUGUGCGCUUAAUGCAAUGCGCCACGGCGUUCGGCCGGAGAGGAGGAAGAAGACGAUGCAUAAUUUGGCCGGGACGGUAAUGGUGUCUUGAACGAUUCGGUCAGAACGCUUUAACUAUCCUUCCCCAUUUUCGUCGUUUCUGCUUUGGUUACGUCAGAAUCUCUUCUUCAGCUGUGUUAGCUUUCAUGAAGGAAAUCUCCAUCCUAACACUCCCCAAGUCCUUCCCUCAUUCUUCACUUCGAGAUGCUGCAGUGUCUCUCCUUCAAAGCAGCCUCUUCGGGACCCAUCAACGGCGAUCCUCUUCCCCAGACUUCCCCUGCGAAUUCGGCGACUUCCACCACCGUCAACCUCAGCCGCGAGUUGGCUCACGCUCUCCAGACCCACUCCUACAAUGAGAUGCGGUCACUGUUUCACGAGUCCGACCCUACUUUAGAUCAUCUGCAAUUCCAACAAGACGACGGGGAUCGGACGGAGCUGCUUCUGUCUCAGGUGCUGCAACCCAACAGGGAAUGCGUGGAAGAAGCUCUUAGCCACGCCAAGCAAACUAGCCUCACCCAACUUAUCUCCACUUACUUCCAACACAGCGAGGAUGCCACCAGCCUCUGUUUGAAUCUCUACCAAAGCGUCCACAGUGCUCGCGAGCUCUACCGACCUCUCUUUGACCUCCUCGACAUUCUUCCCAUUGAUCCACACGCCAUUAACGAGUCCCACUGCAACCUGGCGUUUGACAUCUUCCUUAAAUUCGAUAGCUUAGAUAACCCUUUUCCGUGUCCUGAGUCUCACAACUUCCGAGAGACGCAACAGUGUUUCUCCCUGCUGAAGCAGCAGCUUGACACCCGUCUCCGCAAGUCCCGCACACGGGUCCGCCUUCUGCACCGUGCCACUGCUGGUUCUGCCAUUUUUCUUGUUGCUGCUGUUGUUGGAGUCACCGCUUCCGCCGCUGUUAUUGCCUCUCAUGCGCUUCCAACCCUUGUUGUUGCAGGUCCCUUGUGCAGUGCCUACCUCCCUCACAGUUUCAAGAAAAAGGAGUUGGCUAACAUAUCUCAGCUCAAUGCUGCUGCGAAGGGCACUUUUGUGCUCAACAAAGAUCUUGAUACCAUCGACCGUCUUGUCUCCCGUCUGCACAUGGGAAUCGAGAACGACAAGCUCUUCGUCCGCCUUGGACUGGAGAGAGGAAGGGACAUUUAUCCAAUUCAGGAGAUUGUGAAGCAGCUCAGGAAAAGCCACCUCAAUGUCACUCACCAACUCAAGGAUCUUGAGGAUCAUAUCUGCCUUUGGUUCACUAAUGUUAACAAAGCCAGGUCGUUGUUGCUUCAAGAGAUCCAUCUUCAUCGAACUUAUAGCUCAUGACAGUGACACUAACUUGUACGUUUAUCAAGCUUUUUAAACUCUCAGCCGAGAUGAGCCUACAGAGGUGUGGGUAUGCUUAGAGGGCAUGCCUUCCUGUAACCUCUAGUCUGACUCGAUCAAGAUUACAACGCUGGUUCUGUAGCCAAAUAGUUGCUCUACGGCAUUGGAUUAUAUAUCACUGCAUCAUAUAUGUACCAUAGUGAUAUUUCUUAACUGCUUUUUAUUCAAUUUAGUUUAUGACAACACUUGGUUUGGUACGUA